AUGGGCGCCGCCGGCCUCCUCCUCGGCGAAGCCGCCAGCCUGGGGGCCCACCACGCCAUACGCCGCCGGAGGACGCACCUCUGCCUUCGCAACUGGGCCUCCAAGCCCCUGCCGCGCGCGCCGGUCUGGCCCGGCGCGGCCGCACGUGUUUCACGCAAUCGCGACGACCGCCGUGGCCACGUGGCCAGGUUCGCCGCCUCCGCCUCGGGAGGCGGUGACGAGCCCGGGGAGCUAUCUGAGGACGAGGCGCAGAGGCAGUGGGAGGCGGAGCUGAAUCGCCGACUGAAGGAGGCCGAGGAGAUGGAGGAGCUGGAGCGCACCGCCGAGCAGCUGCAGAGCCAGGCCGCCGCCGAGGCCCCCGAGGAGUCGGAGGAGGAGAAGCGCGAGCGUGUCCGCCGCGAGCUCCAGAAGGUGGCGAAGGAGCAGGCGGAAAGGAGGGAGACGGCGAAGCAAAUGUUUGAAUUGGGGCAAAGGGCGUACGGGAAAGGAAUGUAUGGACGCUCAAUUGAAUUCUUGGAGGGUGCACUCACUGUCAUACGUCCCUCCUCUCUCCUCGGUGGCGAGAUCCAAAUUUGGCUUGCAAUGGCAUAUGAAGCCAAUAGGAGGCACACGGAUUGCAUUGCAUUGUACAAAGAGUUGGAGAGUAGCCACCCUAUGAUCAACAUCAGGCGGCAGGCAGCUGAACUUAGAUACAUUUUAGAGGCACCCAAGUUGAAGAUAUCAAAUGACGAGGUGGUCACAAUACCACAAAUUGGGAGCAGCUGGGAUUGGUAUGCUGGAACAUGGAGUGACAAAAUCAAGGAACAAGAAGACAGGAAAAGAAAGAUGAUUGCUGCUAGCAACCAAGUUCAACCUUCUCCAAACAUCUUUGGAGACUUCUCUUUCUUGCGACUGCCAAAUGAAUGGAAGAAGAGUGCAUGGGUGAUUGUUACUUUGUGGGUCCUUUUGAUUGGAACAGCAAUCUAUCUGCAGACAUGA